GGAGUUCGAUUCUACACCAAGCGCUGCGACCCCUGCUUGAUGCUGGAGUCCUAAGUGCACGGCGAGAGAAUUGUUGUUCUACUCCUCAACUCCUGAUUUCGCAAUUGCAAUCCAGGUCACAUGGAACGUCUGCAAUCUCUCUUCUACUUCGCACAACUGAAAGUGAGCCACUAACGGUGGUUUCAGGGAGGACGAUUGUGCGAGUGAGAGUUGGUUAUUAGGGAAGUGACCCGGGGAUGGAUCAGGAUUCCAAGAAAAUGUUUUACACGACGAAGAUGUCGGCCGAGGAUCUCAAGAUGUGCAGUCCAGUGGAUGCAACGAAGUCGUCAGCAAGUUCGAGGGUCACACAGCACCAGCAAGGAGGUAUAAGCUUCAGCAAGGCUGGCCGCUAUCCUGCCGCUCUAGCUGGGGCAGCAGUUUUAACCGGUAUUGGCACAUUCAUGUACUACAGGGCUGUAAACGUGCAGGCGAUUCCAUGUAAAACUAGCCACACAUACGAUGCAGCCUCGACCAAGGCACCUGCAGACGCCACGCGCUAGCUGCAACGACCUAACUGCUUUGGACAUCUCACUGUUUCUUGAACCAGCGAAUGCUGUAGCACUGAUCUACUGCAUGUUCUUUCCUUCUCAAUGAGUCCAGGAAGAAGUUUACAUUUUGGAUGCUGCACGUGACUCAAUGAACGAUUCAAACUCUACCCACAGAGAAUAUUAUCACAACAUUAAGAUUCGUGAAAGAAAACCACGUUUCUAAACUUCAUCGUUCAGAUGCGCCAUGGUAUAAAUAAAAAUACAUUCAAAAAAUGGUUCAGGUCAUUUGCGACCCU